AUGGGUGACCUACAGGCCGAUCGAACUCAGUCUUCCCUGGCCUCCUCUAAUGAUCACAUGCCUUCUCCGUAUCCGGACUGCCAGUCCGGGCAGAUAAAGCCUCUCUUCUACUCCGCCGCGAGUGUUGUCGCUGAGUCUGGCCGCUCGCCAGCCCUGCCUCUUCCAGAAUUAGAGUCCGAUGCCCAACAAGGCGGCCCGACUGGCGUCGAACCGACUCUCGGAGUUUGCCGCGUCAGAUCCGAUUCUUCCGAGGAGCCUGUGAGUCAUUUUUAUUUCGGCAUUCACUGA